GAAAAAAAAUUAUAUAGAAAAGAUCCUCAAGUUUCUUUUUAAGAUUUUUUGUUACUAUUUUCAAUUAAAAGUUAAGCUUAAAUUGAUGAUAUUAGGCUAGAAGUAGAUAUUCGUUUAGAAAAAAAUGUUAAUGGGCAAAUUAAUCGUCGCAGAAAUCAAAGAGAUAGGCUUAGGCGAGAUUUUAUAUUAAUAAUCAACAAAAUGCUAGGUAUGCUUCUCGGCAAGCAGCAAAUAAUUUGAGGCCAAAUGAGGAGAGUGUGGUUAUGCAAGUUGAAAAUAAUCGUCACAGAAAUAAAAGAAAUAGGCUUAGGCUAGAUAAAAUUAAUAAUCAGCAAAAUGCUUGAUAUGCUGCUAGAUACGAAUGAAUGUAUUGUAUUGUAAAAAGUAAUACUAUUUCAGAUUGUAAAUUAUUUUCCUAAUUUGUAAUUUUUUUUUUUUUUAAAUAUUGUAUAUUUGAUUUGUUUUUGUUUUUAAUUAAAAUUUUAAUUUUUCUUUCACCAAUUAAACUUUUUUAAUUUAAAGAGCGCGUUUUUUAAGUACAUGCGGUCAAACCAAAAGGUCUACCGAGCCAGACCCGACGAACUUCUCUUAACUUUUUAGGGAAAUCAUUUUUAUAUAGUUUCAUUUUACAUGUUUACUUAAGUUAAAUUUUACAAUAUUUUAUUUUAGGACGUUGUUAUGUUGUUAUAAAAAGAAGAGUUGUAAAGUAAAAAUCUUAUUUUUACUUUAUAGGUAUUAUUUAAUUUUAUUAAUUUAAUUAUAUUUUUGAGUAUCCCAUAAGUCAUAUGUCACACACUAUUAUCCGCCUUAAAGUUCAUCUUCCUGAGAAUCAAUUAGUGUAUUUUAGAGAAGGAGCAGAACAAAUGGCUUUAGAUCGUGCAGCUCAACGUGAUACACACCUUACGGCAUGGUUUAAGUUAAAUUCUGAAAAUGAAAGAGCACAUUGCUAUUCAUAUGUAGACAUUCCUUAUCAUUUUAUAUUUGAUGAUAAGCUUUGUAAAUGGAAGGUUAGACAAAGAGGUGGUAAUAAGGUGAUAGUAAGAAUGUAUAAAGUUAAUCCAACUGGAGAAUUAUUUUUUCUUAGGCUGUUACUUUUGCAUGCAAAAGAAGCCAAGUCUUGGGAGGAUGUGCGUACUGUUAAUGGUAUUGUUGUUGAAACAUUUCGUGAAGCAUGCGUUUUAAAUGGUUUGUUACAAGAUGACACUGAGUGGCAGAAUGCACUUUCUGAGGCAGUUUUAACAUGUAUGCUAAAGCAAAGUAGACAGUUAUUUGCAAUUAUUUUGACUUUUUGUGAACCAGACAAUCCUUUGCAUCUUUGGAAUACAUACAAAGCAUUUAUGAUUGAGGACUUUAUUCACCGCUCAGUCCCGCUUAUAAUAGCUGAACAAGCUGCUCUUUGUCAAGUUGAAAAGAUUAUUAAUCAGUGUGGUAAAACGCUGGCUGAUUAUAAUCUGCCUGUUGUUGAGUUAGAUUUUAAUCUAGAUAAUCUAGAAAAUUUCAAUCAAAAUGUACAACAAUCAAUUGAUGAAGCCAAUAGAAUGAGACCACUGCUCAAUGUCAAUCAAUUAAAUGUAUGUAAUGCUAUUCUUGCUGCAUUGAAUGAACAACCAAGUGUAGAAAAUCAGCAUUAUCAAUUGUUUUUCAUGGAUGAACCGGCUGGUAGUGGAAAAACGUUUACAUAUAAUUAUUUGAUUGCUGAAACCAGCAGUAGAGGUAUUAAAUCUGCUACAGCUGCAUGGACUGGCAUAGCAGCAACUCUUCUUAAAAAUGGAUCUACAUUGCAUGGCUUAUUCAAACUUCCUGUUCCGAUAUUAGAUAACAGCACAUGUAAUAUAACUCCAAACUCUAUACAUGGACACUUUUUAAGUCAGGUUAGUUUGUUUUUGCUUGAUGAAACAUCCAUGAUACUUAAACAUGCAUUGAAUGCAAUUGAUAGGUUAUUAAAAGAUGUUUUCAACAACAACUUUCCAUUUGGAGGAAAAGUCAUUCUUUUUGGAGGCGACUUUAGACAAAUACUGCCUGUUGUGAAAAGAGGACAACCAGCUGAAGUUGUAGAAGCAUGUAUAAAAUGUUCUUUACAUUGGCAAUGGGUGCAGAAGUUUAAGUUAACUGAAAAUAUGAGAGUACAUGAUGGGGAAAGGGAAUUUUCAAAUUGGCUGUUAAGACUUGGUAGUGGAACAGUAUUUAUCAAAGAGGAAGAUCCUUUUAAAGGAUGCAUUGAAAUACCGCAUCAAUGCCUUAUUAGGGAAAAUGACUCCAUUGUUGAAAAGAUAUUUGGGGAUGCCGAACAAGACGAUUAUGCUAAACGUGUCAUUUUGACACCAACUAAUGUGGAUUCACUAUCAAUCAAUGAAGAAGUGCUUCAAUGUCUACCGGGUGAGGUCAAAACUUAUUUAAGUGCUGAUCAAGUUGAGACAGACAAUCUUAAUGAAAGAAAUAACUUUCCUGUUGAGUUUUUAAAUAGCUUAAUUCCCUCAGGUAUGCCUCCUCAUUCUUUAAAGUUUAAAAUUGGUUGUAUAAUUAUGUUACUUAGAAAUUUAGAUCUCAAAGCUGGGUUAUGCAAUGGCACUCGAAUGAAAGUUUGUGCUCUUCAAAAUAAUUAUAUUGAUGCAGAGGUUUUGACAGGUGUUUCUGCUGGUAAACGGGUAUUUGUACCUCUAAUUCAGUUGGCUCCGUCAGAUUCUAAUUUACCUUUUGUUCUAAAACGUCGCCAGACCCUGUCAUAUUGGCAUAUUUAAUGACAAUUAAUAAAAGUAAAGGUCAAACAUUUGAUAGAGUUGAUGUAUAUCUAAAGAAACCAUGUUUCACUCAUGGCCAACUUUAUGUUGCAUGUUCAAGAACUAGAGCAUUUAAUAGUUAUUUUUUAAAAUUGAUAAACAUCCCAUUCAAGGUAUGAUAGGUGAAAAGUGUUACACAAAUAAUGUUGUAUUUUCUAAUGUUCUUAAUUUAUAAUUAUGAGAUUUUUGUUAUAAUUUUCACUUUUUUUCAUAGUUUUAUUUUAUAUUGUUUUAAUAAUUAUAUUUGUCUUUAUACAUGUUUAUAAUUGUUAUAUGUGUUAUGUAAGUGUUAUAUGUAUGUUAUGUGUUAGUUGCUAUUUAAAUUGUUCAUGUAAUACUUGGGCUAUAUGUGUUAUCAAGGUUAUGUGUUUAGGGUUUGUGUAUAUGUGUUUAUAGUUUGUGUAUAUAUGUUUAUAUUACGUUGUUUCCAUGUUUUCAAAGUGGUGUGACUUGGCAAACGUGUCAAGCAAGAUAGUUAACCUUGCCAGCCAAGCGGUGUACUUAAAGCAGAGGUGUGACUUGGCAACAUUUAGUGCCAAGGGGUUUUAAUGCUUUGUUGUGGCUAGGUUGUGUUGUCUGGUCUUUUUUAAUUAUUCUGGAAACACGUAAUGUCUAUUAAUAUUAAGCAUCAUAUGUACAUACAAAUAUGUCAUGUGUUAAAUGUGUUAAUAUGUUUUAUAAUGUUAUAUCGUGACGAUCAUAGCACAAUUGCCUAAGUCAUUUUUUGAAGGUUUUUCGGAAGUUAAGAGUUGAAAUAUAUAGCUUAAACAAUCUUCUAUAAUGUGGCGAAUCGCCUUAAACCAAUCAGAAAGGAGUUGAUUUUUAAUUUUUUCACUUCUGCUUAAAUCCGCAUUUUUACUUAUAUCAUUUUUACUUAUAUCUAUUUUUGACCUAUAUCCUAUUGUGUCUCAACGGUAAUACACAUAUCACUUCUAAAGCAAUAUAUGAAAGCAUCUGAGUAAAAAGAUGCCAAAAAUAAACCAAAGUGACGUAGCAAAAGAAAUACCGAAGUUAUUCAUUUUUUUUAGUUUUAUCAAAACAAGAAAAAAAUGACUUAGGCGAUUGUGCUAUGAUCGUGACAAUAUGCUUAUAGUUUGUUUCUUUGUCUAUUUUAUGCAGUGGUUUUAAAGUAGUUUGACUUUGCCAUUGUAUAGAGCAAGUGUAAUGUGUACUUAUAAAUAUCUUAUGUGCUUUUGUUGUGCGUUGUCGUUGUGCGUUAUCGUUGUAACAUUGUUGUGAUAAUUUGUGUUGAUAGACAGUUGGCUUACCUUCCCAUUGGUGUCUAUCGUUAAAAAUGAUUAACUGGUAGUUCUAUUCAUGGAGCUUACUGUUUCUAAUCAUUCACUAAAAGCCAAGACAAAACAUAUUGCUAUAAACACAAUUUGUUUAUAUUUCAAUUUGUUUUUUUUAUCUUUAGUGUUGUUCAUAGUUCUUUAAAACAUUUUUAAUUGGCUUUUUAAUAAAUGUUAAUUAAUUAAACAUUUUGAAACCUUUUUUUUGUCUUCAAUUAAAGCCAGCAUGAAAUAAUGUCAUUGAACAACACCAUCAAAUACUGCUUCAUCAAAACAGCAACUGCAGUUUGCUAAAAACAGACACCAUGUGACGUAUUUAUGCGAUAUAGGAGAACACAAAUAAUUAUGUUUUGCUAUUAAAUAAUAAAAUUUUGUUAAAAAAAAUACUUAUUAUUAAAUAAAUUUGUGAUUUUGUAAUAAACGGAAGGGUCGGAUUUUAGAAGCAUGAAAUAUUU